GCGGGGAUCGGAGCCAAUGAAAAAAGGCAAGCUGUGUACGCUGCAGCCAAUAAUAGAGGCUGGAGGACGUGACGUCAGCGGAAGUGCAAGGGGCGGUCGGGGAAGGUCGGUAAACACCGAGCCUAAGCAGUUGCGUCGUGCUUUUAAGAGUAGGAGGCAAAGAUGUCGGAACGAAAAGUUUUAAACAAAUACUACCCGCCCGACUUUGACCCGUCCAAGAUCCCCAAGCUCAAACUCCCCAAAGACCGGCAGUACGUGGUACGGUUGAUGGCCCCCUUCAACAUGAGGUGUAAGACGUGUGGAGAAUACAUCUACAAGGGCAAGAAGUUCAAUGCCCGCAAAGAGACGGUGCAGAAUGAAGCCUACCUGGGCCUGCCCAUCUUUCGCUUCUACAUCAAGUGCACGCGCUGCCUGGCGGAGAUCACCUUCAAGACAGACCCCGAAAACACUGACUACACCAUGGAGCACGGAGCCACACGGAACUUCCAGGCCGAGAAGCUCCUGGAGGAGGAGGAGAAAAGGGUGCAGAAGGAGCGGGAGGAUGAGGAGCUGAACAACCCCAUGAAGGUGCUGGAGAACCGAACCAAGGACUCCAAGCUGGAGAUGGAGGUUCUGGAGAACCUGCAGGAGCUCAAGGACCUGAACCAGCGGCAGGCCCACGUGGACUUUGAGGCCAUGCUGCGGCAGCACCGCCUGUCCGAGGAGGAGCGGCAGAAGCAGGAACAGGAGGAGGACGAGAGGGAGACGGCGGCCUUGGUGGAGGAAUCGAGGAAGCGAAGACUGCUAGAAGACUCUGACUCGGAGGAGGAGGAUGGUGCUCCCGCCCCACCCCAGCCAGCCCUCUGGCCCAACCCCACCGCCAUCCUGGACGAGGCCCCAAAACCCAAGAGGAAGGCAGAAAGCUGGGAGCGGAGUGUCGGCAGCCUUGGCAGCAGGCCCCAGCUGUCGGGCCUGGUGGUGGUGAAGAAAACAGACCUGGAUCGCAGCACCAGGAGGGACCCUGCAGCUUCCACACCUGGCACCGUGCAGAACGGGAAGGCGGCCGACCCUGUGGCCCGGGCGCCCGGUGUGUCCUCCCUGAGCCAGCUGGGCGCGUACUCGGACAGUGAGGACAGCAGCGGCAGCAACUGAGCCCUGC